GCGGGAGAAUAGCACAUGACGUCAGUUUCGAGUUCCUGCUUUUUAAACCGAGAAACCGAGAGAAAACACUGAACGGAGUAUCGCCUGGUCAGGACACAAAAAGAAUAGCAUGUCGCGUCCCAGCAGCGCGUCCCCUCGACCAACCAUGUCGCAGCCCAAGCAGACCGGCCCCUCUCGGGGCAAAGGACUCAAAGACAUUCGCAUUGACGAAGAGGUGAAGAUUGCGGUCAACAUUUCCUUCGAGAGAUUCCAGUACAGCGAAGAAAAAGAACUGGAGUUUCCUUCUUCCUUGACGAGCACAGAAAGGGCCUUCAUUCAUCGGAUGGCCCAGUCCUUAGGCUACAUCUCCAAGAGUCGAGGGAAAGGAACGAGGCGAUUCCUCACCAUAUGGAAGAAGGACGGCACAGAGACAGCCCAGUCCGUGAUGACCUUUAACCUUUCCCACAAUGCCAAGCACGUGGUCCGCAGCCUGCUGCAGAGGUUCCCCAUCACGAACAAGGAGCGCACGGACCUGAUGCCCCGCACCGAGCGGGGCCUGUCCCUGGCCCUGGAGUCGGACAGCUGCCAGGAUAAGAACCGGACCAGCGGGAGGCUGAACAACGGCAUCCCGCAGGUGCCCCAGCGCAGGGGCCCGUCCGAGCUGGACGCCUUCCGCCGCUCUCUGCCCGUCUACGAGCGGCAGGACGAGAUCGUGCGCAUCAUCCAGGAGAACCGCGUGGUGCUGGUGGUGGGGGAGACGGGCUCCGGGAAGACCACGCAGAUUCCCCAGUUUCUCCUGGACGACUGCAGCCGGACCGGUAGCCCCUGCCGGAUCUUCUGCACGCAGCCGCGCAGGCUGGCCGCCAUCGCCGUGGCAGAGCGCGUGGCUGCUGAGCGCGGGGAGAACGUGGGCCAGACCAUCGGCUACCAGAUCCGGCUGGAGAGCAGAGUUUCCCCCAAAACGCUGCUGACGUUCUGCACCUGCGGGGUCCUGCUGCGGACGCUGAUGGCGGGGGACGCCACGCUGUCCACCGUCACACACGUCAUCGUGGACGAGGUCCACGAGAGGGACGGCUUGUGCGACUUCCUCCUGACGAAGAUGAGGGACCUGCUGCAGAAGAUGCCGUCGCUGAAGGUGAUCCUGUCCAGCGCCGCCCUCGACGUCGAACUCUUCGUCCGCUACUUCGGCUCCUGCCCCGUCAUCCACAUUAAAGGAAGGCCAUUUGAAGUAAAGGAAGUUUUUCUGGAAGACAUUUUACGGACAACCGGCUACACCAACAAGGACAUGAUCAAAUACAGGAAGGAGAUGCAAAAAGAGGAGAAGCAGCAGACGUCGCUGACGGAGUGGUGUCGGGUGCGAGAUGGCGGCUCCCGGCAGGAGCCGCGGCGGGAGAGGACGGGCGUCCGAGCGCUCGAGGAGAACGACCUGCUGGACGACGGCGCCGACAGCGUUUUCGGCCAGCUGAGUGAAAAAGACGUGGCCUCACUGGACCCCUGGCUGCUGAAGGAAAUGGACGCCUGCAUCUCUGACGUGUUUCUCAGUCAGGACGCCGACGCGUUCGUGCAGCUCUUCAACCUCAUCCUCAGCGAGAACGUCAGUGUGGACUACAGGCACAGCGAGACCAGCGCCACCCCACUGAUGGUGGCGGCGGGGCGGGGCUUCCUGGGGCCCAUGGAGCAGCUCCUCAGCAUGGGCGCCAGCGUCAACAUGAAGGCCUCCAACGGCUGGACGGCGCUGGACUGGGCCAAGCACUUCAGCCAGGCCGAGGCGGUGGACCUGCUGGAGUCCUACAUCUCCUCCCUGGAGGCGGGGAAGCUGGAUGAGUCGUCGCUGGUGCAGGCGUCCUCGGCCAGCCUGAGCUCGGAGGACCAGGAGCUGCUCAAGGUCUACCACCACAGCUUCGACGACGAGAAGGUGGACCUGGACCUCAUCAUGCACCUCCUCGCCAACAUCUGCCAGAGCUCCGACGAAGGCGCAGUUUUGAUCUUCUUGCCGGGAUACGAUGAGAUAGUGGGGCUCAGGGACCGCAUUCUGUACGACGAUAAACGCUUCGCAGAUCACUCUCACAGGUACCAGGUCUUCACGCUUCACUCCAACAUGCAGACCUCCGACCAGAAGAAGGUGCUGAAGGCCUCUCCCGCCGGCCUUCGCAAAAUAAUACUCUCCACCAAUAUCGCAGAGACGAGCAUCACCGUGAACGACGUGGUCUUCGUCAUCGACUCCGGCAAAGUCAAGGAGAAGUCCUUCGACGCGCUGAACCAUGUGACCAUGCUGAAGAUGGUGUGGAUAUCAAAGGCCAGCGCCCUCCAGAGGAAGGGAAGGGCUGGGCGCUGCAGGCCUGGGAUUUGUUUCCACCUCUUCAGCCGGCUGAGGUUCAACAACAUGCUGGAGUACCAAGUCCCUCAGCUACUGCGUAUGCCUCUACAGGAACUGUGUCUCCACACCAAGCUGCUGGCCCCCAUCACCUGUCCCAUCGCAGAGUUCCUCUCCAAAGCGCCCGAACCUCCGCCCACGCUCAUCGUCAAAAACGCCGUGCAGAUGCUCAAGACCAUCGACGCCAUGGACCCCUGGGAGGACCUGACGGAGCUGGGCUACCACCUGGCGGACCUGCCGGUGGAGCCGCACCUGGGGAAGAUGGUGCUGUGCGCGGUGGUGCUCAAGUGCCUGGACCCCAUCCUGACCAUCGCCUGCACGCUGGCGCACCGCGACCCCUUCGUCCUGCCCGCGCAGGCCGCGCACAAGAGGGCCUCCCUGCUCUGCAGGAAGCGCUUCACUGCCGGCACCUUCAGCGACCACAUGGCCCUGCUGCGCGCCUUCCAGGCGUGGCAAAAGGCACGUAGCGACGGCUGGGAGAGGGCCUUCUGUGAGAAGAACUUCCUGUCUCAGGCCGCCAUGGAGAUCAUCAUCGGGAUGAGGACCCAGCUCCUGGGACAACUGCGAGCCAUUGGUUUUGUGCGAGCGAGGGGCGGGGGAGACAUCCGGGACGUGAACCUGAACUCGGAGAACUGGGCGGUGGUGAAGGCCGCCCUGGUGGCCGGCAUGUACCCCAACCUGAUCCACGUGGACCGGGACAUGGGCUGCCUCGCCGGGCCCAAGGAGAAGAAGGUCCGCUUCCACCCCACCUCCGUGCUCAGCCAGCCCCACUACAAGAAGAUCCCCCCGGCUAACGGCCAGGCCGCCGCGGUGCAGUCGCUGCCCACGGAGUGGCUGAUCUACGACGAGAUGACCAGGGCUCACCGGAUCGCCAGCAUACGCUGCUGCUCGUCCGUCACCCCCUUCACUGUGGCCGUUUUCGGGGGGUGUGCCAAACUGCCCAGCACCGCCCUGCAGGAGCCUGCCAUCCAGAAGGCUGACCCUCUGAACGAGAGCAGCGACAGCGAGGCGGAGGACCGGUCCCUGUCCCAGCGCUCUCAGAUGAACAUCGACGAAUGGCUGCACUUCAGACUGGAGCGAGAGACGGCCAGCCUGGUCUUCCAGCUGAGGCAGAAGUGGCAUUGGCUGUUCCUCCGGCGGAUCCGCGCCCCCUCCAAACCCUGGUCCCAGGUGGACGAGGCCACCAUGCGGGCGCUGGUGACGGUCCUGACCGCCGAGGAGCAGGAGGCAGGGCUACAGCAGCCCGCCGGCAUCGGGCAGAGGCCCCGCCCCAUGUCGUCCGAGGACCCGCCCCCCCAGCCCUCCUCCUGGAGGACCGCCAACUGCCGCAAGAGCUGCGCCGACCCCGAGCUGGCCGAGGAGCACCCCGCCCUGAUGGACAGGUCCCUGAGGCUCUCGCCCUCCCCAGCUGUCCCGCAGCCCAAACUGAACAGGGAGAGGGGACCCCUGCACCCCAAACUACCAGGCGACGACCGCUCGGACCAGCUGUCCAUCAGAUCCAGCGACAGCAACAGCACCAGUGCCAGCCCCUCCCCGCCUUCUUCUGGGAAGUGCUCCAAGUCCCCGUCGCCGCGGCACCACGGGCCGGUGCGCUACUUCAUCAUGAAGAGCAGCAGCCUGCGCAACAUCGAGAUCUCGCAGCAGAAGGGCAUCUGGUCGACCACGCCCGGCAGCGAGCUCAAGCUCAACCGCGCCUUCCAGGAGAGCGCCAGCGUCUUCCUCAUCUUCUCCGUCAAGGGCUCCGGCCACUUCCAGGGCUACGCCAGGAUGUGCUCGGACAUCGGGCCGGAGCAGUGCCAGGACUGGGGCUUCACCGGGCUGGGGGGGGUCUUCAGGGUGGACUGGAUCCACAAGGAGAGCCUGCCCUUCCAGUUCACCCACCAGCUCUGCAACCCCUGGAACGACAACAAGAAGGUCCAGAUCAGCAGAGACGGACAGGAGUUGGAGCCCCAGGCUGGAGGCCAGCUGUUGCAGCUCUGGGACCGUCUGUCUGGGAAGCAGCAGGAGGCUGACGCUCUUCCGUCGGGAUCAAGGCCAUGAAGACGCACUUUCAAAGCAAAGACCACACGGCGUUAUUCGCCCACUCCGAACCGACUGGAGGGCAGUGCAUAGUCUACACUGACUGCACACAGUAUGUAGCUGUUGAUUUACUGGGCAUAGAAUCAGAGUGUGGGAGGGGUUUGCUAGUUGAAUGUGCUUAAUUAUCUGUUGGUUGUCAUUUCCAGUCGCACUUUAUCAGACUGAACCAUGUGCAUCUAUUCAGAUGUUUCAUUUUGGUGUUUUGCGCACGGGAACACGAGUCGAUUUCGUCUAUAUUUUCAAGGGGUGGUGUGUGUGUGGGUUUUUAUUUGUGUACGUGUGCGCGUGUGUGUGCGUGCAAAGGUACUUGAAUUUUCAAAUUGGUUUUUUUUUUCCUUAAAAUUUGUUCAUGAAGUUCACAAUUCUGUAAGUUCGUACUCGUUUUCACGAUUUAUCCUUCAGGGCAGACGAUAUUGUUCUGCCAUUGAAACUGAACCUCUGCUAACCGAUGUAAUGUGUAUAAUGUGACGUAUAAUUUUACCGGAACGUUCUGGAACGAUAUGUACUACGAAACACAGAAUGCAGAAGUGAAGAACGCCACUACUGUGUAAAAAGUUUGACGCGAGGGAGGCUUCGGCCGAUCUCAGCUGGGUAACGGGUUUCAGGGGCCCUCAGAUGACACCGCACGGUAGCCCUGUGUGGGGUCCCUUUUCUGUUUUCGGUAUCGAGGGUAACGGAACGACCUGCACCGGGGCAUGAAAUGCUCAAAGUUUCCCUCCAAUGGCUGGUGAUGUAGAGGAGUCCCCCCCAGCCCUGGGUCCUGGAGAGCCACAGGGUCCGUUUAGAACCGUUAGCUGUGCCUGGUGCGCCAGACUACCCGUUACAUUACCGACGGAACCGAUGAGCUGCUCAAGCUCAUGGUGGUGACACGCUUGCUGAUUCAGCAGAGUGAGGAAGUGAUAAGGCACUCCGGCACCCUUGGCAUCAUUAAGAGAGCACGGUGUAGCAGCACACAGUCUGCUGGCUUCCCAUUUCAUCUCUGAAGUCAACCAGCAGUUUAAGACCAGACAGAGCAGCUAAUGAGUUCAGCAUGUAACCAGCUGAUAAGUGCUGAGUGACCAUAGAAAUCAUCCCACCCUGGGGUCCUCCAGUCCCAGGAGUGGGUCGUUCCUGAUGUACUACAAAAUUAAGUUUGGGUUCCCCUGGUUGGGGGGGGGGGGGGGGGGCUUUGUACUGUGGUUGCCUGGGAAAAGACGUUGGACUGAAAAAAUGUGAACAGCCCACCAACCUUGAACAUGGAGUACAAUGGAACAAAGCAAGGGACCACAGAUCUUCAGCAAAUAAAACCACAGAAGUUGAGAACCAUAGAUAUCCUGUCAUGGACUUGCUCUUUUUUUACCUGCUCUGUAAUCUGCAGACUGUUCUUUUUUUUCUGUGGAUGUUUCCAUUUACAUUUAAGCCAACCAUAAAUACAAAAUGCUGCGUGUGACUGCUUUAAUCCUGUUGGGGGCGAUUAAGUUUUCAUGCGUCCCGUUUCAUUUUACUACGUUUCUUUCGAUGUUUACAUGGAACAGUAAGUUUUACAUUUUUUGAUGAUCUGCUGAAGGGAUUAUCUGAUAAAUCUUAGUGUUAAAUUACCUAAAUAAAAUACAGUCAAGCGCUUAA